AUGGAUCUGACGCACGCGGAGCUGGAGGUUCUGAUCCGGAGGAUGACCGGCGAGGCGUACGCCCCGGAGAUGCUGGUGCUCCUGAGAGGGAUCAAGGCGCUGUGUGAGGACCAGGCGAUGCGGACGGCGGUCCUGGCGUCGCUGCAGACCCUCGACGACGGCGGCCUAGCGGUCCGGACUGCUCGCCCUGCCUCAACUUUUGCUUCCUCCGGCGACUCCUCGGUCGGGAGGUCCGGCCCCCAGCAGGCUUCUUCAACCACCGCUGGGGGGCUGGCAUCAUCGCCGACAGCACCUCAAGCCCCGCCCGCGGCCGCGAAGGGCCGAGACGGAGCUCCGGUGGCAGAGGCUGCACCAGAAAUAGAGGCGGUCCCUCUAGCCAUGGCGGGCGGGGAGGCUGCAACGGCAGCCGCAUCAGGAGCCAUGGCGAGGGCACCCUCUGCAGAACCGACUGCGGAGGAGGUCACGGCGGAGAUGCCACCGGAGGCGGCAACUGCGGGGGCAGCCGCAGCAGAAGUCGCAGGCGCCCCCAGUUCCGGCCCCCAGCCCGCGCAGGAGGAAGAGCCGGAGGUGGUGCACGGGAGGCACCUCCUCCCGAGCCCGGUGGAGGUCCUUCUUCCUCGCCUCCUGGUCAAGGCCUAG